AUAUAACGGAGAAGAAUGGCCAUCACUGGCACACGGGGUGCUCGAGUGGGUGAUAUGGAAGAACCGGGUGAGAGCGCGCGGGACAGAACGGCCAGAACGGACAGAAAUUGGAGCGCACCCCGAGAGUCCAGGCGACGAUCGACAGACGAGGCGACGGCAGUGCCACGGCAAAGCUUCUCGCAGUCGGACGCAAACAUGAAUUCCAUUCCGGGCAGCAUUCCGCUCCUCUCGUUCCUGGUGAUCCUCGGCGCCUGCCUGGCCUGGUCGCUGCCCAUGAACCCCGACCAGCAGGAUCGGGAGCCGGUGGGCCAGCAGUACAAUGGCGUGGCGAAGAGCGAGAGUUUCGUGGGCAGAGUGGCGGCCAAGAAUCAGAACAUCAACGAUCACACUGCCGAGGAUCGGGCCCUGUUCGAUAUUGUGGAGCUGCGAAACGAUCUGGAGGCCGCCGGCGUGGUGUCGGGCGAUAAGCGGGAGCUGCAUCAGCUCACCUACACGGAACUGGUGCGACUUUUGGCCCUGUGGCACUUGUCCCAGACCCGCAACGUCUACGAGGCCCGAGGACCCGAGGAGCAGCCCGAUCAGGCCCUCGAUACCGAGACCCGCUAAUGGGAAACGCUCUCUAUGAGUAAGCUCGUUUAUUAAAGCCAAAGUUCAGUUGAUAGAAAUGUGACGAAGAGAAAAAGGCUAGUAUGUAUGGGAAUAAAUGAUAAAUAUAUGAUACUCCAAGAUCGAUAUGAUGGCACUUUCGUAAAUAACAAUGUAACUUUUUCUUUUUCUAUCACAAUUAUUAUCUAAAACAUCUAUAAUGUUAGAGUGAACUAUUUAGAUUUGUAUAAAAUUGCUAUUAAACUUAACCGUAUUGGAAAAA